AUGCUCCAGCUUCCCAAUGAGCUUCUCUUCCGCAUCGCCGACUUCACUUGCAAAGCCGAUCUUCCAUCUCUUCGAGCCACCUGCAAGCAUCUGGAACAGCUCACUCGCAAACGUUUCGCCGCUGCCUACAUCACAGCUGCCCGCUCUCCCGCCUCUUUUGUAGGCCUUGACCGGCUUGAUCGGAUCGUCUCUCAU